AUGCUUGGUGUUUCUUCAGAAACUAUAAAACAUCUCAUUGCUAGUAUUCACCAAUUGAUUCAAAUGGAUUUAACAAACAAUGAUAUGAGAAUUGGAGGUAUUGAUGCCAAUAGUCAAUCCAUUAUUGUUGAAAUUGAUGAAAGCAAAUUUGGAAAGAGGAAAUAUUACCGAGGACAUUGA